GAAAUGGGGUGCGAGGCCCGGGCCUGCGGGCUGCGAGACUUGGGCCGGCUUGCCCCUCCUGGGCCUCAGUGUCAUAAUAAUAACAGCCGCUCGCCGGUUCAGUACUCUACAGUGUAUGAAGCUCGUUCACAUCGAUUUUCUUAGUUGAUUCUUAACACUGCUGUUCCUGAGGGAGGAAACUAAAGCUCAAAGUGGGGAGGAGAUUUGCUUUUACGGGCAGUUCUACUCUGUCCUGUAGGGUCGCUAUGAGUCGGAAUCGACUUUACGGCACUGGGUUUGGUUUGUAGCGAGACGUGGCGGUGGGACUCAAAUUUUACUCCUCCAAAUCCGGCGCUCUUUCCCCCAGGCCUCUCUGUGCCUUAGCUGUCAAAGGAAGGGGCUGAGCUAGGUGUUAGUUAGGAGAGUGACUGGCAGUUCUUCUUGUUGUUAAGUUCAGCAUCUUUCUGUACCAUCCAGAUCAGCAGAUCAGAGCUGACUUAAGUAUUAGGAAGCCCAGCCAUGGAUCCGCCGGCACGUAAAGAAAAAUCCAAAGUUAAAGAACCUGUCAGCAGAGUUGAGAAGGCCAAGCAGAAAUCGGCCCAGCAAGAGCUGAAACAAAGACAAAGAGCAGAGAUCUAUGCCCUCAACAGAGUCAUGACAGAACUGGAGCAGCAGCAGUUUGAUGAGUUCUGUAAACAGAUGCAGCCUCCUGGAGAGUGAGUCACUUCUAUGUUCAAACUAGAUGGGACCCCAGAAGCUGUUUGAGCCUUUUUUAUCAGUUUUAAGCUGAGAUGGCUCAUUUGGAACUUUACAGAACUGGACAAGAAGACAUUUGUGUUAUCCCUAAAACUGGAUAAAUCUGAACUUACUUCUCACAUGUAACUUCCACUUCACUGGUUCCUCCCAUCUGAAUUGGCCCAAUACUUGCUGAAGAGACAUUUUCUUCUUCUAGGACAGUAGAUUUUUUAAAACCUUUUUUUAUUGUUUGAGAAAAUCAGUGUUUCUUGUGAAACUGUUUAUCUUUACCAAAAAUGCAAAUAAAAUAUUAACAGAAUGUUCACUUGUUUGUACUUUAUCUUGGGGGUACCUAG